AUGUUUUACUGUGCAUGGUUAAGAAGACUCUUGUGCCGGAAACUGCUGCCUAUUGUACUUGUUACAUACGUGCUCACCAUCUUUCUAUUAUUUCUGAACGUAAACUUCACUGAACACCCGUCCAAAACGGAGGAAUCCUUCUCAUUGAUUUUCCCUGAAGCAGCGUUGAACUCCAAACGCUCUCCUGGAUCAGAAUUUGUCAAUAAUUCCUCCUAUAAACACAGAAACGGUAUCUUGAAUCCGGGUUUGGAAUUUAGAAAUUCAAUAUCGAACAACCAUGUAGAGCCUAUUUACAGACAUCCGGGAGACAAGAGAGCUAAUGCCAUUGGUCAAGAUCCUGUUCCAUUGCUAGAACCGAUGCAUGAUAAGCAUAUCCGCAAUAGGCCGUCUGGAGAUUUCAUUUCCUUCGGCCACGGUGCUUAUGUCUUUUCUGCCUAUCUAGACGACAGAAAAGAACAAACUUUCGUGAGAAUAAUGGCACUUAUGUCACAAAACGCGGCCAAGAGGUUUUUCUACUGUCAUUUCAAUGACAAUUCUAAAGUGAUACCAGUCAAGACAGAAGUUUACCAACUUUGCGAAAACCAUAAUAAAAUAUUUGGAGGAUACUUUUACUCCUGUGCUGAUGACCGUUCAAAUACAAAAAAAGAUUCUUCAACAGAGCCUACUUUGUCAUUCGCUAUUUGUGUGUCUCCUCUUUUCGGGAACAUUUCAUUUCAUAGAGUAGUGGAAUUCAUAGAGUUAUCCCGACUCCUGGGCGUGGAGCAUUUUAUCUUCUACAACCACAGCAUCCCGCAACAAGUCUCCGAUGCCUUAAAUUAUUAUAUCAGCAGAAACCUGGUCUCAGUGAUACCUUGGCGCUUACCCAAAGAAGCUGAUUCAUCCGUCUGGUACUACGGACAACUGCUGGCCAACAACGACUGCCUCUACAGAACUAUGCCAUACUUUGAUCUUGUGUCUUUCAAUGACAUCGACGAGUUUAUUGUUCCACAUUCCAAUGUGAGUACGUGGAGGGAGGCGUUCUCUUCCAUGCUGACAGCAGAUCGUUGUGGUUUCUCGUUUCAAAGUGCAUUCUAUGAUCCAGGCGUUAGGGAGCCAUCCGAAAGCAACUUGCUAACGCCUGUACUCACCGCUAAGUCUGAGAUGUACAGCAAGGUUCGAACCAAAGUCAUGCUGUGCCCCUGGCGAGUGUUUGAGGUUGGAAUCCACCACAUCAGCAAACAAAACCGAGAAGACUGGCGCUCUUGGGGCGUGGAUCCAUCUCUGGCGUAUCUCCACCACUACAGGAAAUGUGUAGCUAACUUUGGCAUGCGGUGUAGCGUUUGGGAGAAGGACCUAAUCAUAGCAGAUCGCUACCUCCAGAAUCUGACAGCAAAUUACCAGACGGUUAUAAAUCAUUUAUUAUACAAUGAUCAGACAGCUAGAAACCUAACCACACGUCCUCGGUUUAAAUCCCAUGGUGAACCCUAA